AUGGUCCUGUUUAUCGUAUUUUUCCUGCAGGUCGUUUGUGGAGAAAUGUGCUGGUCAGUGACUGGAGACAAUGAUAUCACAUGGGGGCAAUACUAUAGUAAUAUGUGUAAUAAUUUUGAAGGUGUAACCAUGGAAUAUGACAAAGGAACAUUAAUCGAUAAAUUCACAUUUACUUCUAAAUGUUGUGGGAAUGGAAAAGAUUAUUAUAGCGUGUCGCCUUACUCAAAUGAAGCGGAGAAGCUUGCACAGUUUUCAGAUGGGAGCACAAUCAAAGUGCUGACCUUUAACCCAAGUCAACCGGGAAAACACUAUUCACUUCAUUUGAAAAACAUUCGAGAAGGCUUUGUAGGUAUUAUAAAUAGAAAACAAAAACCAAAUGAUUAUAUCAAUGACAAUAUUUAUGUAUAUGAUCAACCCGCUGUUAUAAUGAGUACCGGAGAAGAAAGAUUUUAUAUAAAAUAUACAAGCCAACAAUCGAGGCCUUAUAUUUAUUUAGAAAUUACACAAACUGGAAAGUUGAAUCAGUUGUAUAUCAAUGAUAAUUUAAUGUGUGAUAAGUGUGCAUAUGCGUUUAAUGCAAAUCAAAACGUGGAAAUCAAUAACAUGACAAAUUACAACGUUUUUAAAGUAUGUACAAAACGUAAUUUGUCGAGAUACAUCACAUGCCCUAAAAACCAAAAGUUUGUGAAUGACUGCUCGUGUUAUAUCAAUUCAGAUUAUUCAACAGCUUCGAUGAAAUCUUUUGGGACAAAUUAUCCAGACUGCUUAUAUAAUAACACACUCUUUGAUUUCACUAUCAAAAGUGGACACAAUGAAGUCUUGUUUGAUUCUGAAAAAGGAAAUGUCUGGACUUCUCUUCUCUUUCAAUCAAGAACUUCUGAAGUCAAAAUAGUGAUAACAAAUAACCUUGAGUUUACUGAGACAACAACACUACCAGAAAAUGCAGUGAAAUUCGAAGGGAGGGUGAAAUUUUCAUAUUUGAUAAUUAAGAGUAAACCAAUUAGUGGGGUGUACAAUUUGAAUGACUGGACAAUCAACAAAAUAGUUGUUGAAAAUUUUGGAAUUAAUGAUGUCAUCUUUGUUGGUAAAAACAAAGAUGAUAUACCAAAUGGUAUAGAAGCAACUUGUGUGAAUGGAAAUAACACGCGGUAUGGUGUUAUUGGGAGUGUUGUAAAAUGUGGAUGUGAAUCCAGUGACAAUGAAUACAAUCACAACGAUUGUACACUAAAUUCAAAGGACAAAAACAACAUCAUGAGACUUAAAAUACAGAGUGGGAUAUACUCAAAGGGUGCUGUGUUCUGGAAUAGUCUUGAAGUGUUGAAUGGAGUGACUCUUGAGGGAACAGUCACUGCAAAGUUUUGUGAGUUGAGUGGAAAUGUUACACUGGAUGGGACACUUUCUUGUGAACAGAUAAUGUUCAGUGGAGACAGUUUUCUUCUUCUAAUAAAUAAAGCAGUUAUUGGUGCAUAUCAACUCAACAGCAACGGUUAUAACGUCACAAUAAUAGGAGGAAUUAGUGGUCAAACGAUGACUAUCAACAAGAUGUUUAUCAACAACACUUUGAUAAUAAAAAACCUUAGAGGGUCUUUUGAAGAGGUACAGCUUGAAAGUGGAAGUACAUUUGUUAAUGAGCAGUCUGUAUUAAUCAAAACACUUGUAGUGAAUGGGAUAAGUAAAAUUGAAAGUAAAAGUAUAGUAACAGUAUUAAACUGUCAAAAUGAGUAUAAGAUAGACAUAACUGCGUCGACUUUAUUAUGGUACCCAAACAUUAUUUUCUUUGGAAAAGUAUCAUUGGACAACCCAUUCACGAUAGAAACAACCAUCACUAAAAUUAUAAUCGAAGAAGUCGUGAAACAAAUGAGUACUAACAAUGAAAAGAAAACCUUUUUGAAUUUAAUUCCGAGUUAUAACGUCAUUGAAAUGAAUGUUCCAAUAACAAAAUUGAUGAGUGUGGUAUAUUACACAUCCUGUAAAACUCGUCCAAUUAAAUUUCUGAAUGAACCGUAUUACAUAUGUGACAGACAAAUUGUUGUAUUAAAAAGUGUAGGAGAUGAGAGUUGUGAGGCGUUGGGAUAUAAAGUGAAAGUGUGUGUUCCACAAAAUAAUGGAAAGUAUCUUGAUGACAAAGGAGUGUAUGAUUACUCGUGCCCAUGUUACAAUUCUCCUUCAAUAACACGCACUUUAGUGAUUGAAAAUGUUACUACUUAUCAACUUCAAACAGAAGAGUUUUAUACUCAAAUUAUAAUAAACAAAAACGUGUUACUGGAAAGUACUCAGAAGGAAAUGGUUGUCAUUUCAAAUUUCAAUUUUCAUAUUAAGGGAGACCAAAACUUGAUUUAUGUUUUUCUUAAAAAUAAUCAACCAAUUGAAAUUGAUGUUGAGAAUAACAACUUAUUAUUUGCUGGGGAUUCGUAUGGGCUGACAAACACUGAUGACAAAAUAGACCUCUCACAGAACGGUCUUUGCAAAGCGGGAUUGUACAAUGGAAGUGGAUUUUAUUGUGAAGAGUGUAGAUUUGGGAAAGUUGACGAUAUGUGCUCAGAAAUGAUUGACACAAUAAGUAAUUGUGAUAUAUACAGUGUAGACAAAGCAACAUGCAUUAGAUGUCAAGAGAACUAUUACACAAAUAAAACACACUGCCUUUCAUGUGGUGAAAAUUGCAAAUGGUGUCGUUCAAAUUCCGUUUGUGACAUUUGUGAGGAAGAUUAUAUAUUGGACAACAACACUUGUGUGAAUUCAAAAAGUGUAAAUUGUGAUUUCGCGACAUCCAAUGUGUGUCUGAAAUGUUCUUCUAACCAUUUAUGGGAGUCGACACAAUCAAAAUGUGUGGCGGAAUGCGGAGAGGGUUGUUUUAAAUGUAGUUCACCAGACAAUUGUGAUUUUUGCGACAUAUCGGUUGGGUAUACACAGAACACGUCUUCAACUUUGUGUGAAUUUGUUGACAACUUUAAGAAGGUAACUCAAAACAAAGUUUUGGAAUGUUUGGAGCACUAUUAUGGCAUCAAUAAUAAGUGUAUAUUCUGUUCAAAUGGAUGUGAGAAAUGUUAUUUUGAUAUCACGACAAAAACAGAGAAGUGUUUGUUAUGUUCUUCAGAUAAUGUGUUGAAUUCUUUAGGAAGUUGUGUAGAUACAUACUCCUCGAAGUGUAUGCAUUCGAUAAAUAACACGUGCGCACAAUGCCCACAAGGGAUGUAUUUCAACGGGGAAGCCUGUGAAUAUUGCACGCCAAAUUGUUCGUCUUGUGGAGCGGAUGGAGAGUGUUUUGGGUGCUUAAAAGAUUAUGUUUUGGUUAAAAAGCUACCGACUAACAAAGGCGUUUGUGUGUUACCAAGUCAACAAGAAGGAACACAUUGUUUGUUAUAUGAAAAUGGACAUUGUCGUUUAUGUGAAAAUUCGUAUUUUUUGAACUCUUCCAAUGAAUGCACAAAAUGCUACUACAUGUGCUCUCAAUGUUCCAAAACGGCGACUUCUUGUGAUGAAUGCGUUGAAGGAUUUGUUCUUCAAAAUGGUGUUUGUGAGACAUCAAAAACGGCCUUACAAGGAUGUCAACAGACAAUUCCGUAUUCACUCAAAUGCGCUGUUUGUGAGAGAGGAUAUUAUCUCGACCUUACGCAACGAAGUUGUAAGAAGUGCAUCACAAAUUGUGCUUUGUGUACUGGAGAUAGCAUUUGUGUAAUAUGUGAUGAAUACUAUUUUGUGAAUGACAAUAAUACUUGUCAAGCUCAAACUGACUUGAUUGGGUGUUUUUCUUUUCAAGUGGAUGGUUGUGAAACUUGUUUACCCAAUUACUACCUCCAUGAGAAGCAUUGUGUGUUGUGUUCUGAGUCAACGGAACAUUGUGUUGCAUGUGAUCAAUACACGGCGUCGUGUCAGAGUUGUGAAGACAAUUACAUAUUAAAGAACCAUUCUUGUGUAUAUUAUACCACUGUAUUGCAUUGUACAGGAUCAAGCAAUUCCAAGUGUUCUGGGUGUAGUUUCUGGUAUGAAGUAGGACAAGAUUUCACUUCAUGCGAAACAAAAGCUGUGUGGUGGGUGCUAUUACUUGUUGUGUUGUGUGCAUUGUUUAUAGUAGUUGUUCUUAUGGUAUCAUUUGUUGGGAUAACCAUCUGGAUUGUCUAUGCCAUUUCACAGAAACACGACGAAAUUAAUGAACGGAAGAAAUAUGCGCAUUUCAAAUUAAGUCAAACAAACAUCACUUGGUCACACGUCGAUGGAAAAACACCAAUUUUAAUGGACAAACGAAUUCUUUUUAAUGAAGAAGGCGAACUUCCUAUAUUGAAGCCAACACGGGUACUUUUUUGUGUUGCAAAUUACAAGAAUCACAACAUUCGAAUUUCUCUUCCAGAUGAAGACUUCUCCAAUGAAAAUUACAAAAUCAAAUUUGUCCCGAGUAAAAUGACUCUCAAAGGAAAAGAGGGGUGUGAGGUCGAAGUCUAUCUAGAACCGCAGUGCUCCACACACAUUCAAGGAAAGACGCAAAUGAUAAUAGAUGACUUAAAGAAUGGGAAGAGGUAUAUAGAAGCCUUGUGCAUAGAUGCCUUAACGGAAGUAUCAAGUCGUUUAGACUCUGAUGAAAUAAUUAUAGAAAAACAAAUCGGAAAAGGGAGCUUUGGGAUAGUGUAUGUUGGGCUAUACAAGGGGAACAAAGUUGCUAUCAAGAAGAUGAAGAAGAUUCAAAUGGUUGAUGCGAUGAUGAAAGAGUUUGAGAAGGAAGUAGCGAUGCUCGACAAAUUCAGGAAUGAAUACAUCGUUCACUUCUAUGGAGCUGUCUUGAUACCAAACAAGAUCUGUAUGGUCACUGAAUUUGCUGAAUAUGGGUCGUUACAGGAUAUAAUAGUUAAAAGAAAGAAAGAAGAGGUAUCAACGAAGGUUAAAUUUAAGUUCGUCAUCGACUCUGCAAAAGGUAUAGAAUAUCUCCAUAGUAAUGGAAUAAUGCAUCGAGAUAUUAAACCGGACAAUGUCCUCAUAUUUUCAUUGGAAACGGAUGUCGAUAUCAACGCAAAGUUGACUGACUUUGGUUCAAGUCGAAAUAUCAACGCUAUGAUGACAAAUAUGUCAUUCACACAAGGAGUUGGAACACCUAUAUAUAUGAGCCCUGAAGUGCUAAGGAAAGAAAAGUAUAAAAUAGCGGCAGACGUAUACUCAUUUGCUGUUACUAUGUUUAAUGUUAUGGUGUGGGACGCACCAUAUCAAGGAAGUCUUUUUAAGUACCCAUGGAACAUCGCCAACUUUGUCGCAGACGGUGGACGACUCUCAAAGCCAGACACAAUGAGUGAUGAAAUGUUUGAUUUGAUUAGUGACGCGUGGAAACAAGACCCAAAACAGAGACUUACAAUCGUUGAAAUGCUUAAAAGGUUAGAAACACUUUAUAGUAAUAUCUAA